GAAAACAAAUAUGCUUGUAGCCCUUCUACAGAGACUUGAAGCCUCUUAAAAAACACACCCCUUGACCCUUAUCUCAUAGUCCAGAAGUAUGUUAUGCCACGCCUCACAUGGGACGCAACAUACUCGAGACUUACUGGUCAACAUAGAUACAAAGAGAUAACUGAUGAGACUGCACUUGUUUGUUUUCCUCCAUGACUUCAAAUUCCAGGAGCAGGAAAAAAUCGGUGAAUAACAAUGUUGAGACAAGAAAUCAUCAGCUUUUUUCUGUAUUUAUUGCUCAAGUCUUCACUGACUCAAGAUCAACCAUGUACAUCAGGUGUGUGCCCGGAGUUCAACCAGCAAGUUUUUGGCUCAUCUGAGACCAUCCCUCCCACACUGAAACCUGGUGUGCUCGCAGUGUUUUUUGUGUCUAGCCAAAUUCAAACAAUUCCUAAAGCAGCCUUUCUUAUGAGCCCACAGCUUGAAAAGCUGGAGUUCGUGACCAGUGAGACUCUGUCAUCUAUUGAGGUGGGAGCUUUCGAAGGCUUGACUAACCUGAAGCAACUGGAGAUCUCCUCCAGUAUUUUGAACUCUGUUCCAGUGGGUGUCUUCAAAGGCCUGAGCAACCUGGAGAUUAUCAUACUUAAAUUUAACAGGAUACAAAGACUUGACAAAGGCUUGUUUGAAGGCCUUGAAAAAUUAAGAGAGCUCCAAUUACAUGGGAAUGAGAUUGCAUUAAUUGAAGAAGAGACAUUUGAUGGCCUUGACAAUCUUGUUUUACUCAACUUAGGCAAAAACAAUCUUACUGCGGUAUCCACUGACUUGUUCUCAAACCUUCAAAAACUGCAAGUAUUAAGGCUUUAUGAAAAUCAGCUGAGCAGCAUACCUGAGGACAUUUUUCAUAAAUUUCCAAACCUGAAAGAAAUUGGUUUGCAUGGCAACAGAUUACAGGAACUGUCACCCAAUCAGUUUAAACACAAAGACAAACUAAAUAAGCUGACUUUGGACAAUAACCUUCUGACUACUUUACCUGAAGGAUUUUUUGUUGGUUUACCACAGCUUAAAACAUUGAGCCUAAGCCAAAACAAACUGACCAGUCUACCACCUGUACUUUUUGGAGAAAUGCCUAGACUGACUGAAUUAAGGCUCAGUCAAAACAACCUUGACACUCUUCCUUAUGGAAUAUUUCACCCUCUGAAGAAAGUGAAGACGUUGGAUUUGUCUAAAAACCACUUGGAGACCUUGUCUGCGGAGUUUUUUGAUGGUCCUGAGAAGCUCACAGAACUCAAUCUGCAGGGUAAUAAGAUAAAGUCACUGGAUGUGGAUGUGUUUGAAAAGCUGCAGUCGUUAAUCACACUAAAGCUUGCUCAAAACAGCCUGAAGACACUUCCUGAAGAUAUUUUUGUGCCUUUGAAAAAACUCAAAAAACUUUACCUUGAUGACAAUCCCUGGCAUUGUGACUGUAAUCUAAUAGGUUUUCACAAUUGGAUCAAGUUGAACUCUAACAAGCUUCAGAAAAAUUUUGUCUGUAAAACACCGGAGCACCUAAAUGGGAUGGAAAUUAUUUCAUUGACAGAAGAUCAACUGAUUUGUCCCACCUUUCCACCAACAACUGCUCCCUUGAUUACCACCAUGACCACACUCACCACAACACUUCCAACAACAGCACCAACAACCAUUCUCACAACCACAACAGCUCCCACGACAACACAAAUAACCACAUUCACCACUACAAUGCAAACCACACAGCCAACUACCGUCUAUAUGACCACCGCAUCGACAACAACUUUACAUACUACCACGACUGCAGACACAACUGUUCCACCUACAACCACUAUCGCCACAACUAUUCCACCUACAACCACUAUCACCACAACUAUUCCACCUACAACCACUAUCACCAAAACUAUUCCACCUACAACCACUAUCGCCACAACUAUUCCACCUACAACCACUAUCGCCACAACUAUUCCACCUACAACCACUAUCGCCACAACUAUUCCACCUACAACCACUGUCGCCACAACUAUUCCACCUACAACCACUAUCGCCACAACUAUUCCACCUACAACCACUGUCGCCACAACUACUGAACAGACAACGAAGGCCACAACUCUAGUCACAACAAUUCCAACAACCUCCACCAUGACAACAACUGCACUCACAACCACACCACCCACAACGAAAAAGGCACUCUCCACAACAACUGCAAGUACAACUUGGACGACAACCAGCAUAUUCGGGAUCACACCAGCUCCACUGAUCUUCAUCUGCCAAACUGAAGCAUCCACAGAGGAUGAGUACCCCCAUUUCGCCUCAUUUACGCAUGAUAACGAAGCUCAGCGGUGCAAAACUCCGAUGAUAAUUUACACAUCGUUGCUGGUGGUGGAGAUUGUCUUGACACUGACUCUGGCUAAGUUUACCAUGUCUUUGUAUAGACUGCUGCAAAGUAGUGAGAGGAGGUACAACAGGGUCAAACUCACUAAUUUCUCCUACAGGAGAGAGGUGAUCAUGAGGCCUGUAUGAGACGUAAAACCCUUGAGAAUAUUGGUAAGCCAGAUGCAUCUAUAGACGUGCCUUGUUGUGAAUUUAAAGGUAUGCAUUUAGGCAGCUUGUCAAGACCAAACUGUGGUCCUCAACAGCUUUUUCAGUCAUGCUUCUGAUACCAUCGAACAGAAUACCUUCAACAAAUAGUGUGAAAGACAAUUUAUGGUUUGCAAAAUGUUUGAGACUCUCUUUUAAGCUAGAUUGUUGUAGCUCUUUCUUCAGUUGCUGUAAAUCAUGAUUCAAACCAUAUAACCUUUGUCACUUCAGUUACUGAAUUUUAACCACUUACAUUCGUCUUUACAAGUAAAACAUAUUUCACAUUGGAACAAUAAUCACAGUAGAAAGAAAUGUAUGUUUCUGAUCAAAUAUUGUAGCAGUCCUGUAAAUAAUGUGCUAUUUAUAUAGUUGAACUACCAGGUGAAAGUUAAUAUGGAUAAAUGUUUUCUAUGCUACAAAAUUAUGAUAAAAUAAAAAAUAAUUAAAUAAUUCUGAGUACAUUCACGUGAGUAAAAGCUGCAGGGAGCAAGUUCUAAAAUGCUGAGGGGCUUCUUUGCAUUUCAAACUCCUUGAGCUCCAGAACAUGCUUUACUGUGUAUAUUUUCUGCAGAGAUGCUCAUAUCAUGUUUGUUUGUUUGUUUUUGUUUUGUUUUGUUUUUUUGCCAAAUGUUUUGGCUGUAAAAUGAUUUGUAACACUUAUAUAAUUGAAAGUAUUACUGUUGGACAAUAAUUUUCAGUGAUUUAAGAAAUCCCACCCGGAAAUGUAUUUGAUCACAUAAAAUUUGUUUCAAACUUGAUUCAAUUCGACUUGAAACUUCAAUUAAAAACUCAUUUGAACUGUACCAUUUGUACAAAACACAUGUUUCUUAUGAACUUGUACUGAACAUGUCUUUAGUCUUUAGUCAGGUUGACUUUGAGUCAAGUGCUUUGAGAUGUAACAGCCUAAUCCAUCAAUCUGAAAAAAAAUAAAAUAAUAAAAA